UUUCGCUCUUUUCUGAAGUGUUUUCUUUUUAUUCUUUGGUUGUUCCAAGAAUCUGCUUUCCUUCCAGCGUCCUCUUCAAAUUUGGUUACCUACAGGCGCGGGCAGCCCGCAUCUACUUCUUUGAUGCCCGACGCGCCCGCUUUGGUGCCACGUCGUAGCUCACCAUGAGCGCCAUUCUCUCUGCCGAUGACCUGAACGACUUCAUAUCUCCUGGCGUUGCAUGUAUAAAGCCUAUAGAGACGCUGCCGGAAGACAAAUCUAAUGCCUACGAAGUGACGACCGAAGACAAGGUCGCUGCGUCGCAACCUCCUCCGCCUGCACAGAUAUCCCUCACAGACUGCCUGGCAUGCUCAGGUUGUGUUACUUCGGCAGAGGCGGUGCUUGUGUCCCUGCAAUCGCAUACUGAAGUCCUGACGACCCUCGAUACGCAUCGCUCGCUCCACACACCCUGGUUGGCACACAGUGGCACGAACGGGACGAAGCACGCCUGUAAUGGGACACACAAUGGGGCUAAUGGUCACCACUGCGGAGAAGGGAAACUGUUUGUCGCCAGCGUGUCGCCCCAUACGCGAGCAAGCCUGGCAGCCGUCUUCUCAAUCUCGGAAGCUGAAGCUGGAAACAUGAUCGCCCAGCUUCUCAGCGGUCCUUUGGGGCUUAAGAAUGGCGGCGCUCACGGCAGCGACUUCACGUGGGUCAUUGACACCAACGUCGUUCGCGAAGCCUGUCUGGUCGCGGCGGCAAAUGAAGUCGUGACUGCCCUUUCCCCGGAAGCCUCUAGCACGCCACUCACAGCUGGCUCCGAGGGCGCAAUUGAUACCACGCCGAAAAAGCCAAUUCUUACAUCCGCAUGUCCAGGCUGGAUAUGCUACGCCGAAAAGACACACCCGUUCCUUCUCCCACACCUCUCUCGCCUCAAAUCCCCCCAAGCCCUCACCGGCACCCUCAUAAAAUCGGUCCUCAGUCAGCGCUACAACAUCCCUCCUUCCCAAAUAUGGCAUCUCGCCAUCAUGCCCUGCUUCGACAAGAAGCUCGAAGCCAGCCGUAGCGAACUAACUUCAGCAGCUUGGCUUCCUCACCAUUCCUCUUCACAGGAUCCCGUACGCGACGUCGACUGCGUAAUCACAGCACGCGAACUGCUCCACCUCGCCGCCGCCCGUAACAUCGCAUUCUCUUCCCUCCCUCGAACCCCCCUCCCCUCCUCCCAGCGAACCCCUUUCCCCGACCCAAAAAUCGACGCCUUCCUCUUCCCCCCCACGCGCCGGAAGAACAAAGACCCCAUCGCGGGCUCCUCCGGCGGCUAUCUCUACCACAUCCUCCAAACAUACCAAGCCCAGCACCCCGGGUCUUCGAUAUCUGUGUCCCGUGGCCGAAACGCCGACGUGGUAGAAUACUCGCUCGUGCGAAACUCAGAGACGAUAGUCAAAAUGGCCCGUUUCUAUGGGUUCCGCAACAUCCAGAAUCUCGUGCGUCGUCUGAAACCCGCGAAGAUUAGCAAAAUGCCCGGGGCAAGGGUAGGCAGAAGUCGGAAGCCUGGGGCAAAUGGCGCGGCUGGGGGGGAAGGUGUAAAGGAAUAUGCGUAUGUGGAGGUCAUGGCUUGUCCGGGAGGAUGUACAAACGGAGGUGGGCAGGUCAAGGUGACGGAAGUGGAAGAAGUAAGAGCAGCAGAGGGGAUCAAGGCAGUGAAUGGAGACGUGGUUGUGGCGAGACCGGGGCCGAAGGAGCAGAAAGAAUGGUUGGGGAGGGUGGAUGAGGCGUAUUUCUCUGGCUCUGGCUCUGAUUCUGAGGAAGAGAAGGUGGAUCGUGAUGGAGACUGGGGGAUGAAGGACGUGGAUGCUCCUACCACAAACGGUUCUUCUGUUCCCGGAGCAGACGUCGUAAGUGGCAUUUCUCGAACACACAUCUGGAACCUGCUCUCACACUGGUCCGAUACUACUGGUGUAGAGAUCCCGAAGCUACUCUACACGUCAUAUCGAAAAGUUGAAAGUGAUGUAGGCAAGAAGAAGCAGAGCGAUGUGGAGAGAGUUGCUGGUCUAGCUAGUAGUCUUGGUGGGGGAUGGUAAAUUAGACACGACGUGAGUAUCGGAAGCAUUGAAUGGCGUUCAAAAAAUAGAUGGGAGGAGAUACAGGUAGCAUUCGCGGGAAGUGGGUGCGUGGAAUGGGUCCUAGACUUGGAUUGGAAUUGGAAGCAUACAAUGAUGAGCGAUGGAUAGCAAACAUAUUCAUCACUCCCGCCCCUCCCUUCAACAAUAACUCCCCUUCUCCCACACAUCCUCUCAAACCUCAACAUCGC